UAUAUUUAAACAGUCCAGCCGCGGUCACACUGCAGUACACAGAAAAUUUACAUUUGUUGAGAAAAUUAGGGAAUUAAACGCACAAAAAGCGAAAUAAAGAGGCCCAAAACACAAGGAGCGAUCAUCAGUCGCCCCGAGGACCAAGAGGCACUGGAAAAGAGUGCGGAGAGACGAGGAUAACAAGGACAAGGGCCGCAGAAAGCAACAGCCCUCCGCCGCCGCCGCCCAAAAAAGACCAAACGACUGAGGACUGCCAACCAGCCAUAAGAAGAAGCACCAGCACCCCCCACAAUCGGCAAUCACCAAUUACCAAUCUCUGGGAACAUUUGAAGCACUCAAAAAGGUCUAGGAAUCGACAUAUAGAACACCAUGCAGGCGAUCAAGUGCGUCGUCGUGGGCGACGGAGCCGUGGGAAAAACAUGCCUGCUGAUCAGCUAUACGACCAAUGCCUUUCCCGGCGAGUAUAUACCCACCGUUUUCGACAACUACUCGGCCAAUGUGAUGGUCGAUGCCAAGCCGAUCAAUUUGGGCCUCUGGGAUACGGCCGGGCAGGAGGAUUACGACCGGCUGAGGCCUCUGUCCUAUCCGCAGACCGAUGUCUUCCUCAUCUGCUUCUCGCUGGUCAAUCCGGCCUCGUUCGAGAACGUGCGGGCCAAGUGGUAUCCGGAGGUGCGCCACCACUGCCCCAGCACGCCCAUCAUCCUGGUGGGCACCAAGCUGGACUUGCGCGACGACAAGAACACGAUCGAGAAGCUGCGGGACAAGAAGCUGGCGCCCAUCACCUAUCCCCAGGGACUGGCCAUGGCCAAGGAGAUCGGGGCCGUCAAGUAUCUGGAGUGCUCGGCGUUGACGCAGAAGGGUCUAAAGACCGUCUUCGACGAGGCCAUCCGGUCGGUUCUGUGCCCAGUGCUGCAGCCCAAGUCCAAGCGCAAGUGCGCCCUGCUCUAAAAGAGAUAGAGGAGAGAAUGAGAUAUCCCACACAAUGGAUUCUAUUUAAACGUAAUAUUAUUAACGAUAAACCAUUAUGUAACCUAAGCGUUGGCCAGGCAUUUGGCUGAUCCGUAGUUUCUUUGUUACACUUUGCCACUAAUUUCUUCAGCUACAAAAGAAAGGGGGGGAUGCACUGAAUCCCCCAUUCAAACUCUUGCUUUCUUCGUUUCCGAGUUCGUUUCGUGUGUGUUCUGUAAUUCAUAAUCCAAUUCUGUUUACCCGUGCAUUAAUUUCAACUAAAAGUUAAAAGCGAGAUGUUUCUAGAUAAAAUGGAAAACCCGAUGGGCGAUCUGUAACUGUAAACUCUAACUGUAUUUUGUAUUAUUUAGUAACUUUUGUAAUUAAAAUUAAUGUUGUAAAACUGAGGUAAAACCAAAAAAAAAAAAAAAAACAACAAAAACUGAAAAAAUGUGAGAGAGGUCGAGAAUAGCCGCAUAAAGAGCAUAAAGCAUAGAUGUCGCCUGUUGAUCGUAGGUCCUUUAAACGGGAUCAGGAUAUUGAGUCAGUAAAGUAAACGUUCCAUUGCAAUUACACUAAAAUUAUUACAUACAUACUUGUAUUUAGAUGUUGUUGGAUAUCGAAGGGACGACGCGAGCAGGUAACAACUUUUUAAACUUUUGCUAGAUCCAGGAACUAUCAAUUUAUAUAUAUAUACAUAUAUAUAUAUACAUGUAUGUAUAAGAUGAAAAGUCCUUCGUAUACUAUGUACUGAAAUUAAAGGCAUCAAACUGAGCAACUUUGAAUACUUUGUAUUUUAAAACAACAGAUAUUCAACAAAAACCAGCAACAACAAAAACAAGAACGAAAACCAAGAUAAUUAUAUAAAUGUGUCUAUUUCAAUGGAAAUCAAUAAAGCAUUAUUAAAAAAGAA